UUCAUUCGUCACCACUUCAGUCACCACCGGAGACGUGGCUAUGUCCUUCUGCCAUAUUGCCAAGUUAUCUCAACUCUAGCUAGCCUUGACAGAUGAGCACAUCAACGGCGACAGCAUUCAAAGUAACUUCUUGACAAACGUGGAAAAGAUAGGACAGUCGCGGUCAGAGAUUAUACCAGGAAAUAUCACAGGAAACUCAAAAUGGUGCUUUUAGCGGCUGCAGUGUGUACCAAGUCAGGGAAGCCCCUUUUGUCCCGACAGUUUGUGGAGAUGACAAGGACACGUAUCGAGUGCCUCCUGGCUGCCUUCCCAAAGCUGAUGAACGUGGGCAAGCAGCACACAUUUGUGGAGACAGACAGUGUUCGCUAUGUCUACCAGCCCCUGGAGAGGUUGUACAUGGUCCUCCUCACCACCAAGAACAGCAACAUCUUAGAGGACUUGGAGACCUUGCGGCUCUUCUCACGUGUGAUCCCGGAGUACUGUCGCACAAUGGAUGAGGGGGAGAUCUCGGACCACUGCUUUGAGCUCCUGUUUGCCUUUGAUGAGAUCGUGGCCCUGGGCUACCGAGAGAGUGUCAACCUCACCCAGAUCCGCACCUUCACUGAGAUGGACUCCCAUGAGGAGAGGGUGUUCCGCGCUGUCAGAGAGACCCAGGAGCGGGAGGCCAAGGCAGAGAUGAGGAGGAAGGCCAAAGAGCUGCAGCAGGUCCGGAGGGACGCCGAGCGCAGCGGCAGGAAGGCUCCAUCCUACGGAGGCUUUGGUGGGGCCAGCACAGCCCCCUCAGCAGGCAUCAUCAAAGACACGUUUGAACCGGAGAAGCCCAGGAUGACUCCAGCACCCGCCAGAGCGAGUGGUCCAAACAAGGCCCUGAAGCUGGGCUCGCGGGGGAAGGAGGUGGAGAACUUUGUGGAUAAACUGAAGUCUGAAGGGGAGAGCAUCAUCAUGCCUGUUACAGGAAGGAAGCAAUCAGACGCCAGCAAAGCCUUACCUCCACCAAUCAACACCGAGAGUGUUCAUCUGAGGGUUGAAGAGAAGGUGUCCCUUGCCUGCGGCCGCGACGGGGGUUUGCAGAACAUGGAGGUCACUGGCAUCGUCACGCUCCGAAUCAGCGACGACAAGAACAGCCGCAUUCGUCUGCACCUCGCCAACAAUGACAAAAAAGGAGCUCAGCUACAGACUCACCCCAACGUGGACAAGAAGCUCUUCUCCUCCGAGUGUGUGAUUGCACUGAAGAAUGCAGAGAAGUCUUUCCCGAUAAACAAUGACGUAGGGGUUCUGAAAUGGAGACUCCAAACUACUGACGAGGCCCUCAUUCCUCUCACAAUAAACUGCUGGCCCUCAGAGAGCUCCACUGGGUGUGAUGUCAACAUUGAGUACGAACUGCUCGAGGAGGGCCUGGAACUCAAAGACGUUGUCAUAACGAUUCCCCUGCCGUCGGGCGUUGGAGCCCCUGUGAUUGGAGAUGUUGACGGUGACUAUCGCCAUGACAGCAGACGGAACAAUCUGGAGUGGUCUCUCCCAGUCAUUGAUACCGAUAACAAGACCGGCAGCAUGGAGUUCAGCAUUGCUGGCCAAACCAGCGACUUCUUCCCAAUCAGUGUAUCUUUCGUCUCUACAAACAACUUCUGUGAUAUACAGGUUCUCAAAGUCACCGCUGUCGAUGGAGAUAGCCAAGUGAAAUUCUCCACUGAAACAUCAUUUGUGGUAGACAAAUAUGAAAUAUUGUAACAAAAAAAGUGAUACUGAAAUCGUUUAUAUUUUUACGGGUUCUGAACCCAUCAAUUGGAUUUUCCCUUCAGAAUAGAAUUUAUUUUGUGACGGUAUUGAUGUGUAUAUAAUACAGUUGACCGAGAAGAAGAAGAAAUAUACGUUUAAAGUAUUAAAAGUUAAAAUAAACCAAAUAUUGACGUACAGCACCAGAUUGCCAAGGAUUCAGCCUGAGUGGUUGACAUCACCCACAGUGCUCUUAAAAAUGGACUCCGCAGGUCUGUCCAAAAGGCUUGACAUUUCCUCAUCCCCUCAUGCCCUUUCUGUUGUGAUUAUUCAGACACGGUUGUGCUUAGACGCCAUCUUCUUUUUGUGUAUCAGUACUUUUCCCAGAGCGUCGACAUUACUGAACUCCUAUAGAGUUAGAGGAAGUAUCAGCUCCAUAUCAGCUGCCUAUAUAUAUAUAUAUUGGGGAAAUGGCUAUGAACGGCACAUACAGUAAAUUCCCUGUUGAUUUCAUUUUUUUUUUUUUUAAGGCGCAUAGAUUGAUAUGUGCUGGUAUAUGUUAUUUAAUGCUGACAUUGUAGCCGUUUUAAGUGCUUGGCUUUACUUUAUUCCAUAUUAACUAUUUACUCAGUUUCAAGUCAGUUCUGGUUUCUGUGGACUAUCGAUAUAUGUCCAGGUUCCCUCACGCUUGUGGUUUUAGCUGAAGGAAAGUGCUUCCUUUUGUUUUGUGUGUGUGUACAGUAUAUUCCUAGUAAGGAUGAGAACAUGCGUUUGUAGAGAACAGCUCAACAAAUGCCUUCUUUUUUACUGAAUGCACUUUUUUUGUUACUUAAGAUCAUAACAGCCAAGGGACAUGUAGGUAAUUUAUAACAAUGCUUCAGUUCCUGUAGUUCUUGAAUUGUCUUUGUUAAUGGUAUUUGUGAACUAUGUAGCCUCACAUUUCUGCUACAAGAGUAUCUUUUUUGUACCUGUACAUGUAAAAUCAUGGAACUUUAUUAUCAAAUGUUGGAGUUAUGACAUUCCAGUCGGCAAAUUCAUAUAAUAUAAACUUUAAUAAAAGCAAUUGUUAACUGA